CAAUUUAUUGUUGUAUAUAAUUUUAUGAUUUUUCUUAAUUUAAAUAGAAAAUGAUAUGUGCACCCAUUUAUUCGACACUGGAUAGGUGCACAUUCCAUAAAUUAAAUAUUUAAGUCUAUGUUAUCCACAAACUUUGACCUAUUUAUGUAUCCAACCAGAUUGCAACCUAAGCCUUAACAAUUGUAAUUCUUCAUCAUCCAUUCUGAUGUACCUCACAAAUAUUUAUUUAUUUUUGUUUUCGUUGAAGUUGACCAGAAUUGAUAAAUAUAGGCACAACUACUUCCAUCCACAAGCACGAAGCUGCGAGCCUUGAAUCGAUGCCGGAAACAUCAACGUAGGGUGGUAUGGCCAAAACUGUGGCGGAACUGCGAGCCUCCAUGUCAGCAUAGAGUAGUUUUUGUCACGAGCACAAGUGGCACAGAUGGAAAGCAUUCGCCACCAAUUCAGAGCAAUAUGGUUCAUUGAUGGGUGCUCCAUCCAUCCUAAUUUCUUAUCACCCAAACAAAGGAGAAUGCAAAUCUAGGUUCUCCAAGGCAAACCCAAUCGUGGGUUCCAAUGCCUUCGUGCUUCAUGCUUUGUGUCGACAAACACCAGAUCUGGGUUCCUUUGUAGGUUCCCACUUGCUCAUCUUCAUGCUUUGUGCCAGUGAAACUGACGAUGAAGAAGAGGAAGAUGAGGUUGCAGAUGAUUACAAUGAGGAUGGAGGUGAGGAGGAAGAUGGAUCUGGUAAUCUAUGUGAAGUGCUUAGGGUGGGUGAUUUAUGCUGGACAAGUGAGGAAUAAGCUGUGAAUAAGCCUAUUUGAUUUAAUUUUGUAAACCGACCGUGUGUGUGAAGAAGGGUGCCGGUUUGGUGGGUGAAUGUAUCACCGUACAAUUUAAAUAUUUGUAGUGGAAACUAUAAGUACUUAAUGUUAACGAAUGACGAUACUUUAAAUAAAUUUAGAUAUAGAUG